AUGCCCGAGGUCGAAGGCGGUGCAGUGCCGCCACAGAGCAAGGGCUCUUGGACUUCGUUCCUCAAGUCGGUAGCCUCAUUCAAUGGCGACCUUGCAUCGUUAACAGCGCCGGCCUUCAUUCUCUCAUCGCAGUCCCUCGUCGAGUUUUCCGCCUACUGGACCGAGAAUACGUCCCUCUUCGUCGCGCCAACCAAGGAACCCGACCCUGCGAAGCGUUCCCUGCUCGUGCUGAAAUGGCUGCUCAAUACCCUCAAGCAACAAUACUGUUCUCGGUCGGAGAAGCUGGGGUCCGAAAAGAAGCCUCUGAAUCCCUUCCUGGGGGAGAUUUACCUCGGGCAUUGGGACGAUGAGGCUGGGCAGACUCAACUCGUCUCGGAGCAGGUGUCCCAUCAUCCGCCCGUGACCGCCUACUGCAUCACCAACGAGAAACACAACAUCAGGCUGCAAGGCUACAAUGGGCAGAAGGCGAGCUUUAGUAGAACCAUCCACGUCAAGCAGAUUGGGCAUGCCCUGCUCACGCUGAAGCCUCCCAACAGUGAAGAAGUGGAGACGUACCUGAUUACGCUCCCUGCUCUGCACAUCGAGAACUUGAUCUACGGUGCGCCGUUUGUCGAGCUCGGCAAGUUCAUUCAUAUCGCCUCGUCCACGGGGUACGUCUCCAAGAUUGACUUCUCUGGUCGUGGGUGGCUGUCGGGAAAGAAGAACACAUUUACGGCCACGCUGUGGAAGGAUGGUGAGGGUUCGGAAUCACACCCGUUGUACUCGGCAGAGGGACAGUGGUCGGACUCAUUCGACUUGAAAGAAGGCCACGGCAAGAAAGCCAAGACGGUCGACACCUUCAAACCCGCCAACGUCAAACUCUCUCGGCUCAAUAUAGCUCCCCUAGAGGAGCAAGACGUCUUCGAGUCCCGCAGGGCCUGGUCAAGUGUUGCCAAGUCCAUUGAGAAGGGCGACAUGGAUGCCACUUCGCAUUACAAGUCGCGCAUCGAGAAUGCACAACGGGCGCUCCGCAAGAAGGAGCAAGAAGAAAAGCGCGACUGGAAGCGGGUGUUCUUCUCGACGGCCGACAGCCAGGAUCCCAAGGAGGCCACGUUCCAAAAGCUGGUGAAGAUGGUCAUGGCUCCCCAUCUGGGGCCGAAUGCCGUGUGGGAAGGUGUGGCGCCCGACAAAACGGCGGGCGUGUGGCGCUACGACGACAAGAAGGCGGCCGAAGCGUCCAAGCCGUUCCACGAGGAGGGUCUGCUGGCACUGGGGGAGAACCAGGACGGAACGAGUGCGCCCGUCAGUCGCGUGGCCACGAACCUGUCUAGCAAGGCUGGCACCGACAGUGUGGACCAGAGUCCGAUCGACCAGUCGAGGAGUACGGGUGAUGUCAAGGGUAGUGGUGUAUGA